CUCGGACCCGGAGUCAGGGCUGGGGAGGCUGGGACCCUGGGCCCUUGGCAGCCUGGGGAGUCAGGCCGGGGAGGCUGGGGCCCUCCACUGGCAGCGGGGGAGGCUGCGUCCCUCAGCCAGGACUGGGGAGUCAGGACCCAGGUUGCCAGGACUCUUGGGGAGACUGGGACCCUCUGUGACAGGACCUGGGGACUCUGGGCAGGUAGGACCAGGGCAGCUGGACGCAGAGUGGGCCCUGAGGUGCCCCAGGACCCAACUCAGGAUUAGCCCAGUAAGGAGACCUGGAACCCCAGAGUGGCCCCAGAGCAGCGGGUUCUGGAGCAGCCUUGGGAGCACUCCUGGGCCCCCAGACAGCGCCCACCUCAGGACCCCGGAACUGCUAGAGGAAGUCUCAUGGGGCCAGGGCAACCAGGACCCCGGACUAGAGCUGGGGGUCAGGCUGCUAUGGCUGGACUAGGGAAGCUAGACUCAAGGGGAGACUGGCACUCCCCAGAAGCCACUGGGGUCACCUGGACCCAGCAAGUGGCCUGCCAGGGGUGCUGGGGCCCAAGGUAGGCCCCAAGGGGUUGGGCCCUGCGGCAGGACCCCGAGGUGCCCUGAAUCCGCCCAGUUGCUCAGCUGGGUCUCGCUGGAAUGUGUGGCCCACGUGUCCCGGGUGGGCCCGCAGGUAGCAGCCCCCACCCCCUGCGGCUCUGUCCUCAGGCAUCAGGCCAGCGCCACCAGCCCCUUGAGCAGGUGCUGCGGACUGGCGCCCUGGCUGCCAGGCUGACUGCCCAUCACGUGGUGUCCAGCCCCGGGCCCGGCCUGCGCCUCGGCCACUGUCACCGCCUCCUUCCGUGGCGUGGGCACAGGCUGCCUCAUCCCGAGCUCGAGGUGUUGCGGCAGCCAGGAGGCUGGGGCGGCCCAGUGCUGGGAGCGGGAGCAGGCAGGAGCACUCUGGGGUGUGUGUGGGGUCCUGCCCUGGGCCAGGAGAGUGUGGCAGGAUCUGGGGGUGCUUCCACUGGGGCCCUGGGGUGUGCUUCUCCCUGGAGGACAGGCAGGUGGCCUUGGAGCCCUGUUGACUCUCAGAUAUCAGCUGGUGGCACAAGCUGGCUGUGGAGGAGGCCACUGGGGCUCCCUGCUGGGCUGCGGUCACUCCUUGACGCUUAGGAGAAAGCCUUCCCCCCACCCCCUCCCUAUACCCACCCCCCUCCCCCUGCCGGGCCUGGGUGCAGGGCUGAGUCCGGCCUUUGAGAGGCUCUUGCUGUCAUGCAUCGCCCAGGACCUCCCUGCCUCACAGCCACCGUUUCCCACGUGCUUCUCAGCCUGCGCCUCGCUCCUUAAGGGGCUUAACCUGCCCCGUGGCGGCGCGGAAGAUGCCCGUGCCUUGCCUCCAGGCUGUGGGGUCUGGGCCAGUGCCGGCUCUCAGAGGCUAGGGUGCCAGUGCCCGUGCGUGGAGUCUGGGCAGUGCUGGGGCCUCUGCCCCAUGGCCCAGGGGCGAGAGGGGACGGGGGCGCACGGGGAGCAGGCAGUGGCCCCCACCCCUACUGAGUGACACUCCUCGCCCCCACCAGUUUUGCUGCAGCCAUUGUGAAUGGUCCGGGACGUCCCGGGUCCUGGCUCAUUUCUGUUUGAUUUCAUUAGUUUUGUUUUUAAAAAAAACGCUCGCUGUGCGGUUCCCAGUCGCCUCAUCCUGGCCCUGGUGGAGCCCGGCACCUGCGUCUGCCUGAGCUGGAGGGGCCGUGCGGGCGCCUGCACCAGCACUGGCUGUGGCCGGCCUCUUCUCUUUGGCCCGGGUCGUGCAUCCGAGGUGGCCUGCGUGGGUGUCUGCCCAGGGCCUCGCCAUGUGGACACUGGGCCCAGCCAUGCGUGCGCGAGCGUGGCUGCCUCUGGGACGACCGGCGCACCCGGCUAGGUGGGUCAGGCAGAGGUCCCGUAGGGCCAAGGGUGACCCUGCUGCCUGUGUGCUGGGUUCAGUCCCGAGCAAUGGCGGCCUCGCUUUCCCUUGGUGCUGCGGGGCUGUCCAGGGGCAUCCUUGGUCCCUUCUGGGCCUGGGCUGCUGGCUGCAGUGGCUCUCGGCAGAGCUCAGCUCCCGCUCCUCUUUCUGCCGUCCCUGUCCUGGGGCUUCUCUUCCUGGAGACGCGUCUGUCUUGCAGUCCAAGAUGUAGCCACGUGGCCGCUGCCCUAUCCAGGAAACGCGGAGGCCGCCCGGCUCCUGGCUCCGCGGGCCGGCGCUGCACCCGCUCCUGUACCACACCCGCUCCCACUGCUCCCGCCGCUGCUGCUCCCACACCCGGCCUGCGGGGUGACCGUGCGCGCAUUUCUGUGCUGGAGGAUGGCCGUGGGGCCCGGGCCAGAGAGGUGCUCGCCCGCGGAGCCCGCGCGCCUGAGCCCGCCCGCCCGCAGCAGCCGCCCUGGGACUGGGGCCUGAGGUCCAUGCCGGCGCCGACGCGGGGUCAGCAGACGUCUGGAGGAGAAGCCAAAGAUGUUGACCAGAAAGAUUAAACUCUGGGACAUAAACGCCCAUAUCACCUGCCGCCUGUGCAGCGGGUACCUCAUUGACGCCACCACGGUGACCGAGUGUCUGCACACGUUCUGCCGCAGCUGCCUGGUCAAGUACCUGGAGGAGAACAACACCUGCCCCACCUGCAGGAUCGUCAUCCACCAGAGCCACCCACUGCAGUACAUCGGCCAUGACAGGACCAUGCAGGACAUUGUUUACAAGCUGGUUCCAGGCCUCCAGGAAGCGGAGAUGAGGAAGCAGCGGGAAUUCUACCACCAGCUGGGCCUGGAGGUGCCUGGGGACGUCAAAGGGGACAUCGGCUCUGCCAAACAGCACCUUGACUCCCACCGGAACGGUGAAACCAAAGCAGAUGACAGCGCGAACAAGGAGGCGGCAGAGGAGAAGCAGGAGGAGGACAACGAUUACCACCGCAGCGACGAGCAGGUGAGCAUCUGCCUGGAGUGCAACAGCAGCAAGCUGCGGGGGCUCAAGCGCAAGUGGAUCCGCUGCUCCGCCCAGGCCACCGUUUUGCACCUCAAGAAGUUCAUCGCCAAGAAGCUGAACCUGGCCUCCUUCAACGAGCUGGACAUCCUGUGCAACGAGGAGAUCCUGGGCAAAGACCACACGCUCAAGUUCGUGGUGGUCACGAGGUGGAGGUUCAAGAAGGCGCCGCUACUGCUGCACUACAGGCCCAAGAUGGACUUGCUGUGAGCACGUCGGCUGGCCCCGGCCUCGGCCUGCGAGGACCGCGUGUCUGAGGAGAACAUUCGCGAUUCGCCCGCGGCGCCCACGCGGACUCGGCGCCAGCGCUGGAGACAGGAGCCGCCGCGGACGCCCCGCUGUGCCUGGGCCCUGGGGCCGUGCUGCCGGGGAAGCAGGGCCUGGGCGCCCGGGACGCUUGCACGCCCGUUGAGUCCUUCUAAGUUACUGAGAACAGCCCGCGGCGGUGAGUGUUGCCUUUAGACCCCGCAGACCGGGCAGGAGCCGGGCCUGGCACAGCCUGCGGGCUCAGCCGCACGCCAGCCGGGCCUGGUCUCCACGCUGGGAGCGCGCGGGACAACAGGCCCGGCCAGCAGGGUGGCCCCGGCCCAGGGCAGAGGGCCCUGUGCACUGCAGGUGCAGAACCCUGCACCCCCGUGUCUGACGUCUCCCUCCAACCUCGCUUUGCUCAGAAGCGAGAGGGUGGCGGCCACGUUGGGCCUUUCCCGUGAAGGUGCCCUCGGAUGGGGCUGAGCCACGGUGUGGACCAGGCAGGCCCCGAGUGCCCGGAGUCACCCAGGGAUGGAGGCCCGAUCCCAGGCCAUGGCUGAUGGGCGGGACAGCAUGCUGCUCACCUGCCUCCAGGCUGCCCCCUCCUCCCAAAUGCUCACAUUUUGGUGGAAUCAGAGGGAAAACCAGCCCCACCCAGGUCUGUGCUCCGUCAGAACAAGCCCGGGCAGGUGUGGCACUGGCAGGAGGGCCUGGCUCAGGCCGCCUGUCUGCCGUCCCUCCGAGUGAGACGCGGAGCUGGCCGGCAUGUGCAGCAGCCAGGGGCGCCGGCCGCUGGGGUCCAUGCAGCGGGGCAGGCCUUUGGGGUGUAACAAGGCUUUGCUAGAAACGGGUCUGAACCGUUCCUGCUCAAAGCCCGCGGACUCCCGGUGCCGCCCAAGCCUGCUGUACGCCUGCGGGGCCACGGGCAGACACGGGAGCAAACAUUACCUGUCUACCUCAAACGCACGGGCCACCACAGGCCCUCUCUGCGGCCCGAGUCUGUCGGCGCGUCGGUGCCUGUGGGGGGGAUAGGGUGCAGCCGGCGGGCGUCCAGACCAGGCGCGGCGUCGCGGUCACUUGGACCGCGUGGUGCUAAGCCGACAUGGGCCAGGGCCUGGCUGCCGUGGGCGGAGCUCAGCGCAGAAGUUCCUAUUUUUCUAAGACUCCGUCGUCAGACGGGCGCCCGCCCGGCCCGACCAGCCUUACGGCCAGCAGCUACGCGUCCAGCCUGCCCAGCCCGGCCAGCCUUCACUUACCAUCGAGGGGCUGACGUGUGUUUUCCUGGCGUGGGAGCAGGGCCAGGCCUGACCAGCCUGCAGAGUCUGGGCCUGUGUCUCCAGCACGGACCCGCUGCCCCGUGGUCUCUCUGGGCACCGUUUUCAUGAAAAUGGAAAUUCAGAUAGAAUAUAUAAUAUUGAAUUUAAGAUUUGGGGGGGUUAAAAAACUUUAUAAGAUUAUUUAUUCUAUUUUAAGCUUCUACCAUGUUCCCGGCCGGUGGCUGGGCUGGCACCAUCACAGGCGAGAGGGGCCGUGGGGCCCGCGGGCGUCUCCGCUUGCCCGGCCAAGUCUGCAGGGGCCCGUGGUCAGGCUGGGCUACGGCCUUCGCCCGCUGCCGGAGCAACGGGGCGCACUUGCAGCUUCUGGUUUGGCUUUCCUGGGCAGUUGUGAGGCGGUGGCUGCCGGGCUGUGGAUGCGCCUGCGGCAGCACCUGAACACACGUGCUGGCAGGGCGGGCGGGUGCCCCCGGCGCGGAGUCGUGCGUCAAGCCCCGGAGUGAGCGUCCGGGCAAGGGGCUGGUGUCUGCGUUGUACGUUGAUGUCUGAUGUGCGCUCAAAACGCAAAAUAAACCCAGUGCAGGUGGCUACAUCCCAGACGCCGGUUUGUCUAUUUCCUCAGGAAGCACGCACCCCCGGCACAUGUGCCCUUAGCGUGGUAAGCCCGUGUGUCUGCCUGGAACGUGUAGGUCAGAGCCCAGCACCCAAAGCACACCUGCCCCGCGGCGCUGGUCCCCCGCUCCCUGCCCUGCACGGCAGGCCCCUGGCGAGCGGCCGUGGCUGUGCCGGGCGUUUACACUUCGUGCUUUGUGUUGGUGUGUACUUUUGUACCAUUGGUGGCUGGUUUUUGUCUAAACUAUUUUUUUGAAAAUUGCUUAAAUGUUUUGAUUUCAUAAUGGUGGAGCUUGUACUCGGUGUUUUGCCAAUUAUAUGCUUGUAAGAAAAGCAAAAGACAGACGUCGCUGGAAUUCUUCCAGGUGCUGCCACAGCUGCCCGGGUCUCACUACCCGCGAGAGCCUCAGCCUGACCUGCUGCCCCGGGUGGACAGCACCGCCAGCAGUGGUGUGGCUGCUGCACACAUUGCCACACACGAGCUCCCACAUGCACACUCCCACAUGCUUGCACACACGCCCCCACAUGCAUAUUCAUACACACACACACACACACACACAGAGGCGCCACCCACUGUGCCGUUCCCCCCAGGACCAGCAGUGCGUGGCACACAGACCCCAACUGCAAUUCUCGGGGCUGUACCCGAACAGACUUGUUCUGCUGGGAGAUGGGCGGCUCCAUCUGAGCCCUAGGUCAGCUCAGGUGAGAGAGGCCACCGGCCCCGCCCACCCGGCCCUCGUGAGUCCUGACCUGCCUGGACACUGGAGGUCAGGCCGGGCAUGGCAGCCUGGUCUCCGUGGGAGUGAACAGGUCACUGCAAGGACUGGGCCGGGCUCUUGCAGGGAUAGCCGUGUCAGCCUAAAGCCCCUGCACACAGCCUGCCCAGCCAAGCUUGCCCCCCAGCACUGUGGGCAGCUGAGCCCACACACGUCCUCCCAUGUUACAGUUGCUGGCCGGCAUCCCGGGCUGGCAUCACCGGGGGUUAAAAUCUCCCCUUUGCAAAGUAAGAUUCUCGGAUCAGCCACGCCCUGAGCUCUGCCCACUAGACCCACCUCGCUGUCCCUGGACUGCGGCCAACAGGGAAGAUCUGGGAGCUUUCUGAAAGGACUGGCCCCUCCCAGUCCCCCUGGCCAGGAGGGACCCGCGGAGCCGGUUCCCUGCCCGCCACCAGACUGCAAAGGGCCCUGAGAGCCUGCCCCAGCCCAGGCCCCUCACCUCUGUCACCAGACCCUGGCCCGAGGAGCCCUCAGCCCCCACCC